AUGGCUUCGCGAGGUCGGGUACGACUGCCACCAGAGGUUAACAGGAUACUCUAUGUGCGCAAUCUACCGUAUAAGAUCAAACCGGAUGAGCUCUAUGAUGUUUUCGGCAAGUUCGGAUCGAUUCGGCAAAUACGCAAGGGGAAUGCUCCCGGAACUAAG